CUAAUUGCGAGAUCUACUAAUUUACCAUUCCGUAACCAGUCACACGGAGACGAGGAACAUACAGCCUUUCGACAAUGGCGUGGAGGGGACAGCUUUCUCGAAAUUUGAAGGAGCUUCGCAUCUUAUUCGCUCCUAAUUCGGCUUCCAGCUCUUCCACUAGAGCUUUCAUCGAGAACAAUUACAAGGAUCUGAAGACAAAAAACCCUAAGCUCCCCAUUUUGAUCCGCGAGGCCACUGGCAUCGAGCCUCAGCUUUGGGCGAGAUAUGGAUUUGGCGUGGAAAGGGGAGUACGCCUGGAAGGUUUGAGUGAGGAACAGAUUUCUAAGGCUCUUGAGGACCUUAAUAAAGCAGGGGAAGAAGCCCUUCAAAGCUGAGACAUCUCCAACUGGGUUCCUAGACAAAUAAUAUGUCAGCCAAAGUUUGUGGAGGUUGAUUUUCUAUUUCGAAUCAUAACAAUUGUUUCAGUUGAUCAGAUGGUUGUUUGUCAUUCAUAAAAUGUUAUUGACGACAAAUGCUAAGCCUCUUAUGGAACGUUCUACUCACAAAAAUCUUUGUUCCAUUAAGUAUUCCUAAUGUUUCACUUCCUGCCUUGAUGAUAGGAGAAGACUUUAUGUGUUCUGCUUGGUUUAUGAGAAUCUGCAUCUUUGGUAUUA